CCGGAAUCCGACAUGCACCCCCAAGAAACGUUCCUAUUAUCCAAUACUGGCAAUUAUUUUUCACCAAAACUUUGUUAGAGACUUUUGUGAAAUUUACAAAUCAGUAUGCCAGAGGUUUUAUAUAAAAAAAUCAAGAUUCACUGAAACCAAAUAGUCGAGCAAAAGUUUGGAAACCAGUCACCUUAUUAGAAAUGCAGGCUUUUAUUGCAGUGUUGAUAAAUAUGGGAUUGAAAAAACAGCCAACAAUUUACAGUUACUGGUGGACAAGCUCUUCUCAGCACAUACCAUAUUUCUCAAGAAUGUUCACCAGAAACAGAUUCCAGGCAAUACUACAAUUCUUUCAUAUGGUUGAUACCACUCAGAUUCCCAAAUCUGGUGAUCCUAAUUAUAACCCGUGUGCUAGAUUCGAACCCCUAGUGGAUCAUGUGAACCGUCUAUUCAGAAAUUAUUUCAUACCAGGCAAAAACAUUUCAAUUGAUGAAAGUAUAAUAGCAUUGAAGGCUCACACACAACUCAAACAAUACAUGCCAAAAAAACACCACAGAUGGGGUAUAAAACUCUGGAUGCUGUGUGACUCUAUAGAACAUUAUUGCUACAAUUUUUUCGUUUAUAGAGGAGCAAAAGGUAACGACAAAAACAUUAUUAGGAAGCAAGGCCUAGGACAUUAUGUACUGAUGAAAUUGAUGGGGAUGGGAAAUUUAUUGAAUAAGGGAUAUCACGUAUUUAUUGAUAAUUUAUUUUCUUCUCUCAAACUUGCAAAGGAAUUAUAUUCAAAAAAUACAGCAAUGACAGGAACUAUUAGAGUCAAUCGGAAAGGAAUUCCAAAAGAUUUACUACCGAGAUUUGAAGUGGGAAAAACGAAAUAUAAAAGGAAAAACUUUAUGCUGAUGGUUGGAUUCAGAGAGAAACAAUUCCAGAGAAAUCAAGUACUUCUUUUGAGCACGGAUGAAAAAGCAGGAAAAACUACAAAAACCAAGAGACGUGGCACACAAUUGGUAACUAGCUCUAAACCAACAAUUAUCAGGAACUAUAAUUCAUUCAUGGGGGGAGUGGAUGGCAAUGAUCAAAUGCUAUGUUCAUAUAUGGAUGACCGGAAGACAAUCAAGUUUUGGAAAAAAGUUACAUGGAGUAUUUUCAAUCGUAUGAUUUUGAAUGCUUAUAUUUUAUAUAAAUUGAAUACUGAUAAACCAUUAAGCAGAAUUUUAUUCACUGUAAAGUUAGUUGAGGAGUUAUCAAAAGAAUGGCUGUUACUGAAGGAAGGAAGAAAUUUCAUACAUGCACCGACUGGAGACACCACAUCUGGAGGCAGUAGUGAUGAAGAACCGAAGACAACAGGUUCAUUUCUCGAAAAAAUGCCUGGCAAAAAACAAAAGAAUUGUUGUGUAUGCAGUAAAGCCAGUACACAAGCUGGUGGCAAAAUAAAAAAAAAACCAUCUUUAGUUGUAGGCAAUGUGAAAAGGGGGUACAACCCUUUGUGCUACCCAUUACACUCUUGCUAAAUCUCAGAAUAUAAACUUAUGUGCAAUAAUGUAAAUAGAUAUAUGUUUUAUAUAAUAUUAUUAUUUUUAUUCUUCGACAUACAUUUCCUAGAGUAAUUAGAGGCAAAACCUGCUAAAAUAAUGUGUUUUAUUGCUAGUUGGAACAGUUAUGUUUGUAGGGGCACAAAAAGUGUAAACUUCCAAAACGUAGACUUUUGUGGAAAAAUAAUAUCUCCGUUAAUUACAAAUCAAAUUGAGUGAUCUUUUUUUAAAUCUGUUGACAAACAUAUGGGCUACAAACUAGACUAAUGAAGAGGUGCUCAUAUUUUUUUGGUGACCGGAAUUUUGGAUCAAACUUGUGGAAUGUGAAAAAAUAAAAAAUUGAGGAUUGUACCGGAUUGUGUUUGAGUUACGCUUCUGGUUCUGAUUUUCAAUUUUCAAUCCGCUGCAUGCGAUUGCCAGCCACACCAGACUAAUAAACAGCCAAAGCUACUGCCUACUGCACACGCACUGUAUAGGAGAAGUCAACUAGCCUACGUGUGUUGUGUUUACAGUUGUGUUUUCAAGAUAAGUAUUUGUCAAAAAAAGACAAAAGCUACUGCGUAGCAGUCUUCAAGGAUGGUGUGAAGGUUAUUCCAAAAAAAUAGUUAACAUCCAACAAUGCAUAUGCCUACUGGCCAUCC